AGACUUGUUAUGUUGGUAAGAGUUAAUCUUGUGAACUUACCACGCACCCAGCCGACUCUGCUGGAGUUUUUAUCAUGCUCAAUCAUUAUCGACCAAACCUCGAAUUUACUGUGAAGAACAAAAUGGGUUCACCAAUCACCCCUACAUCCAUAUACACAUAUGCAGUUGAUAAUUAAUCGGAAAGGCUGAGUAGGAUGAUCAGGUGAUUAUUUCUGAAUGGCCUGGCGAUAAUCGAGCGACCAUGGCUCUCGAACAUUGCAAGUCUACGUACGUUAGUUCUUGCAGCAAUACUUGGGCACUAAUGGCAAGCUCUGCUGCUGGUUCAUCAGAUCUCAACAAGUCGAGCUCGUCGAAGAAGAAGAAGAAAGUCACGUCUCCAACAAGCUCUCCGUUAGUUACAAAUCGAAAGGCUUCUGCAGCAGACGUUGAGGGACGGUUGAAUAUGCCAAAUCAAGGUACAUGGAAGACUGAUGCAGGCACUGAUCAAUCUACAGCUGGACAAUUAUAUGCCAAAAAAGCCGAGAAAAAAACACGAAGAGAGGUUGAUGCAAAUUAUCGCCGUAAAAUAAAGACGAAGGUGGAAAAUUACGAUUACAUGUUGUCUGAGUUUGGAAAACUUCAACUAGAGAAUGAGCGUUUAAGGAAGGAGAAUGAGCAUUUAAGGAAGGAUAAUGAGUCAUUGAAACAACUGGCUGAGUCACAUAACAAAGAGACAGAGAAACUUGAAUCUCGAAUUACUUCAUUGACCGGCGACAAUAAUUCCCUAUCGAAGGAGAACAAAUCUUUUCUUCUUAAGAUGCUGAAUUUGUAUGAGGAGAAUGAUCAAUUGAAAAAGAAGGAAUACUGGAAGAAUCUUUAUACCCACCAGCAGCUUGUGGGUUCAAAUUCUUAUGGUCAAGUAAGUUUUCAGAGCAUGCAUGGACAUUCACAACCUAUGCCAACUGGCGGCGGAGGAAGUGUAUCCCAACAACAUGUGAAUUCUAGUUUUCCUGGCCAAGUAAGUUUUCAGAACAUGGAUGGACAUUCACAACCUAUGCCAACUGGCGGCGGAGGAAGUGUAUCCCAACAACAUGUGAAUUCUAGUUUUCCUGGUCAAUUUCAGAACAUGGAUGGACAUUCACAACCUAUGCCAACUGGCGGCGGAGGAAGUGUAUCCCGACAACAUGUGAAUUCUAGUUUUCCUAGCCAAUUUCAAAACAUGGAUGGACAUUCACAACCUAUGCCAACUGGCGGCGGAGGAAGUGUAUCCCAACAACAUGUGAAUUCUAGUUUCCCUGGCCAAAUAAGUUUUCAGAACAUGGAUGGACAUUCACAACCUAUGCCAACUGACGGCGGAGGAAGUGUAUCCCAACAACACGCGAAUUCUAGUUUUCCUGGCCAACUUCAGAACAUGCAUGGACAUUCACAACCUAUGCCAACUGGCAGCGGAGGUGUGAAUUCUAGCUUUUCUGGCCAAGCAAGUCCAACUGGUGGUGGAAAAAGCGGAUACCCCUUCAUCGGCCGAGAAAAAUUUAUGGAGCUUAGUUAUGCAGAACUGCCUGAACCUUCACCACCCAUGCAAACUGGCGGCAGAGAAGCGUAUCCCACUUCGGGUAACUGAGAGAAAUGGCAUACAUGUACCUUAAGGUAAAGAGAUAGACUGGGAAAAUAAAUCGGAAUUAUUCCGCGCAAGACAGGAGCAGUGAGUUGCUGAUCUGAUAUGGAAAUUGGAUUUGUUCAGCUUUUUACUUCAAACUCCUGAAUUUACUUUUGUUAAGUAUUGUUGCACUUGAUUUGCUUGAACCUACGCCCUUUAUUUUUCUGGAUUUUGAAAUUGUUGCUGAGACUUAUUUAUGUAUGAGUUGUGACUUGUGAGUCUUCUUCUUAUGGUGCUCGUUCGAGUCCAGCUCAUGGCUAGGCCAUUUUGGUCAUA